GAAAGUGGGUUGGAGAACUUUUCAUAUAACCAUAUCAAAAGGAUGGGGAAUUUGCUGUUUUCCAGGGAAGAGGGUAGUUUUUAGUUUUGUCACUGUUCCCAUCAUAGAUACCCCAUUUGUAUUCUUAUAUCUUUUGAGAAGGACAAAGAGAAAGAUCCUGUACACCCUAAUUAUUUCCACCUUUCUCACACUGUCCCUCCAUCUUUAUUCUCAUUCUCUCAGGUAAAAUUAGUCAACAACAUUGGCACCCAUCCAUUGAAUAGUGGCAAGUGGGAAGAAUGGCCAUGGACAAUGCUACAGCAAUAUUUGAGUUUCUCCUUAUUGGAAUUUCUGACUAUCCUGAGUGGAAAGUUAUAUUUUUCACCUUGGUGCUGAUAACUUACCUCAGCCCAUUGUUGGGGAAUGGACUUAUCAUCUUUCUUAUCCACAUUGACUCCCACCUACACACUCCAAUGUAUUUCUUCCUUAGUAACCUGUCUUUCUUAGACCUUUGCUAUGGAACAGUCUCCAUGCCACAGACCUUGGUGCAUUGUUUCUCUACCCAUCCCUACAUCUCUUACCCAUGAUGUUUGACCCAAAUUAGUGUCUCCUUGGUCUUGGCCACAGCAGACUGUCUCCUACUGGCUGUCAUGGCCUAUGACUGUGUGGUUGCUAUCAGCAAUCUGCUGCGCUAUUCCAUGGUUAUGAAUGACCCAAUGUGUGUCUGGCUAGCUGCUACUUCAUGGGGGGCAUCAUUCGUGCUCACUGCCAUGCUCAUCUUAUCCUUGAAGCUUCACUUCUGUGGGGAUAAUGUCAUCAAUCAUUUUGUUUGUGAGAUACUCUCCCUCCUUAAGCUGGCCUGUUCUGACACCAGCCUUAAUGAGCUUAUGAUCCUCAUCACGGGUAUUUUCACCCUGCUCUUACCCUUUGGGUUUGUUCUCCUCUCCGAUGUUCAAAUUGCUGCUAUUGUCCUAAGGAUUCACUCAUCCCAGGGUAGGAUCAAGGCAUUCUCUACCUGUGGUUCUCAUUUGACUGUGGUAGCAAUCUUCUAUGGAGCAGCCAUUUCCAUGUAUAUGAAACCACAAUCUAAGUCAUCCCCUGACCAGGACAAGUUUAUCUCAGUGUUUUAUGGGGCUCUGACACCCAUGCUGAACCCCCUAAUAUAUAGCCUGAGAAAUAAGGAUGUUAAGGGGGCAAUGAGGAAAGUUAUGGCAAAAAGGACAUAAGCCUUCUUUGCUACUAAACUUGUACAGUAACAUUCAGCUGCAUCUUCAGUGAUGGUAAAAAUCAUUUAAAAGGUCUGACUUUACCCUUCGUAGAGUAGGUGAUUGUCAUACGAAAAGGUUCAGGAA